UCUUCUACCUUUGAAUACAUAGGGCUUCAAGAUUCUGUAACUCUUUUUCCUGAGGAAGCUAGUAGAGUACUCGUAACAACCCAUUGCUUCUCUAAUUUUCUUGACUCAUAAGCUGCCUGUAAACUUCUUUCUUUCUCCCAUGAUUGAUCAAGAAUCUCAUAACAUUUCUGAUUUCCCCUCAAAGAUUUUCUUUCGAGUUGCCAAUGUUAAAAGACGCGAAACGAAGACAGCUUGAAGAUUCUGAUCAAACAAAGAAAAGAAAGCUUCAAGAUCGGCCGGGCUGGAUGGCUUGUAGGGGUUGUCCGGCCAACUUCACUCCUCUUCGCAACCUUCUCGAAGAUCUUCAGCAGCAUGCGACUGCCUACACUCGUUGGUACCUGUUCAGCUACGAUUACGAACUUAGUUUCAAUCUGGACCAUGGAGGAGUGGAGUCUCGGUUUCUCACUCGGAUUAAAGAUGGUAGGGCUAGAGAUGGAGACGACGAGGGGACUCCUGUGGAAUUGUCCGAUAUGUACUGCAUUAAAUGUGGAAUGCACGCUGGAUGGCAGAUUGUUUCUGAGUAUGGAAAUGAACCUAGUAUCUAUGCAGAGAAAUGCAUACUGCUAAGUGAAUGGUGAUACAUGCAGGGCUGGAGAAGAAGAAGUGCUAGAGGUCCUCUAAUUUGAUUACUCAACAGCAACAGUAGUACUGGUAGGAAAUAUCUCCUUCAUUUGUUGUAGCUUUGACCCACCCACUGCUUUGUUUUUCUAUAGAAAUUCUUUGAGUGCCCAAUGGAAUUGUGAUGUAAAUGAUAAGGAAUUUGAUAAGAGUAGAAACCACAAGUUCUUACUACAAGCAAGCACUUUAAUUCAGUCUCUCUCAGUUUGUAUGUGGGAAUCAAUGCUAUGCAUGCUUGUCUCUUUUUAAUGACAGUUAAUA